AUGGCUGCGUCAGCCCUUUUGAAAAGCCGAGUGCGAAGACCAUCCUAUUUGAAAAAACUUAUGAAAGCAGAGGACCUGGUCCAUCAUUUCCCGCAUGGCUCGUAUAUCGGCUGGUCUGGGUUCACCGGCGUUGGCUACCCCAAGUACUGCUCCCAAGUGGAACAGCUUCCUGCUGCCCUCGCAGACCAUGUCCAGAGAAAUAACUUGCAAGGAAAGCUCAAGUACUCCCUUUUCGUGGGCGCUUCCUCUGGCGCCGAGACAGAAACCCGCUGGGCAGAGCUGGAUAUGAUUGAACGGCGCAGUCCACACCAAGUGGGAAAAAAAAUCUCCAAGGGAAUCAAUGAAGGAAGAAUCAAGUUCUUUGAUAAACAUCUGAGCAUGUUUCCCUCGGACCUGAUCUAUGGCUACUAUACUCUGAAUAAAGCCCAACCAACACUAGACGUGGCUGUUAUUGAGGCAUCAGCUAUAACAGAGGACGGUGGGAUUAUUCCAACCGCAUCAGUCGGUGCUUCACCGGAGAUUGUACAGAUGGCCGAAAAGGUGAUCAUUGAGGUCAACACUUCGAUUCCAUCUUUCGAAGGCUUACACGAUAUCGCGAGCUUUAAUGAUCUCCCACCUAACAGGAAACCAUACCUGAUUACAAGACCAGAAGACCGCAUCGGCACUACUUAUAUCCCCGUGGAUCCAGAGAAAGUGAUCGCGAUCGUUGAGUCCGAUUCCCCGGAUCAAACAAGCCCGAACUCAGCAGAAGACGACACCUCCCGAGCAAUUGCUAGGAAUCUGAUUGAAUUCCUCAAACACGAAGUCAAUCACGGACGGCUACCGAAGAGCCUACUACCCAUCCAAUCCGGCAUCGGUAACAUUGCCAAUGCGGUAGUCGGCGGCUUGAGCAAAGGCGACACAGGCGCAGACUUCACGCACUUGAAGGUAUGGACCGAAGUGCUCCAAGAUACAUUCCUCGAUCUGUUCGACAGUGGCCGUCUUGAUUUCGCAACCGCAACUUCCGUGCGCUUCUCUCCCGACGGAUUCAAUCGCUUCUAUAAUAAUUGGGAGCGCUACGCCGACAAGAUCCUGCUUCGCUCUCAGCAGAUUUCCAAUUCUCCCGAAGUAAUUCGCCGCUUGGGAUGCAUUAGCAUGAACACGCCUAUCGAAGUAGAUAUCUACGCCCACGCGAAUAGCACCUGCGUGAUGGGUUCACGCAUGCUAAACGGGCUAGGCGGUUCAGCCGAUUUCCUUCGCAACGCUAAAUACAGUAUCAUGCAUACCCCCAGCACGCGGGCUAGCAAGUCCGAUCCCGAGGGUAUUAGCUGUAUAGUGCCCUUUGCUACACAUGUUGACCAGACCGAGCAUGAUCUGGACGUUAUUGUUACCGAGCAGGGUCUUGCAGAUGUUCGUGGUCUCUCGCCUCGCGAGCGUGCGCGUCUUAUCAUCAGGCAGUGUGCUCACCCAGACUACCAGCCUAUUCUGAGUGAUUACCUUGAUCGGGCGGAAUUUGAGUGUCUGAAGAAGGGCAUGGGACACGAGCCGCAUCUACUUUUUGAGGCGUUUAAGAUGCAUAAGAAUCUCCAGGAGAAGGGGACGAUGAAGAUUGAUUCUUGGGUGUAG